AUGCUUGGAUUGGGGGACCUCACCACUGCUUGUACCCCAGUCUUCGAUACCUUUUUCCAGGGCAUUUAUGUCCGAUUAGAUACAGCACUGGCCAGCUGUCUAGUGUGCAAGAACGGCCCGAGUUCGUCCUGCUUUCUGUCCAAACUGUCCAUGAUACCGGGGGAUCCCAUUAACUCUCUGAGCAUCUCUAAAGCUUGGCGUGGAGGUCUGGCACUGUGGCUGAUCACCAUCUGCAUGACCACUCAUGUUUUCACCUUAAAGCACAUCAACACGACUUACUGUGAGAGCUUCAUGAUCAACACUGAACCCGGACACAACCUGACCUGGCAGAAGUUUGAGUUCAUCUUCUCCUUCUAUUUGCCUCUGCUUGUGAUUCUCUACUGCACGAUCCACAUAAUCGUCAUCCUGAGAGGGAGGCAGCUGGCCGAGGAUGGAAAGAUUCAGAGGGCUCUGUGCUUCCUCACAGUGGUGGCAGCGCUCUUCAUUUUUUGCUUCCUCCCGAGCAACAUCAUGCAGCUGCUGAUUUGGAUCACGACCAAGAAAGUACACAGCACCCUGCAGAAAUCUGAAGUCUGCCCGGCACUGGAAGACCUGACCACAGUUUUUUACAUCAGCAUCAGCCUGACUUAUCUCAACAGCGCAUUGGAUCCUUUGGUCUACUACUUCUCCAGCUCUGCCGUUAAGAGCUGCAGGAAAGCUCUUCAUCUGCCCCAACCAGACACGGCAGAGAGUACGCAGAUGAAAACUCGAGAGACAGGCUCCCAGUCACUCAGUCAGCUGGCUCACAGAGAGAGUAUUGAGGGGAUCAUUGAGAUGGAAGCAGGAAGAUGAAAACCUAACAUUUUACUUCUGUCGUCCAGCAGAUGUCACAUAAAUGUUUGCUCCACAUAAUUAA